AUGGGUCAAUCCGUAGCCAAAGAGUCUUCUACUGAGUUUAUUUCACCAGUACAAACCCGCGUCUGGACGGUGUCCGACUUGAAGGAUUUCAUGAUCAGCACUUUUCCUCCCGAGUUGGAAUCAUACAUAGCUGAAGCUGCUCCGAUCAUUCACCGAUGCCUCCUGCGGCUAGGGUCAUUUCCAUACCAAAAUGACCCACAUCGUACUCUGUCACUGGAUGUACUACGCACAGGCAUGAUGAUUCUUCUCAAACUGGACAGAAGCAAGCUUCUGAAUGGAGACAAUGAUGAAGCAGCACUCGUUUACCCUGAUCGUCUCAGCGCGGAGCAACGAAUCCUGUUGUUUCAGAGCAUGACAGAGCCGCAAGGCACCCCAGCCGGAUCACCUCGAAACCUUGGAGACGAUUAUCACCUUCGAAAAGCUCUUGAAAUUAUCACGUAUGGUAAUUUCAAGCGCAAUGUGCAGUUUCCAACAGCAGUAAUGAAAGGGCCACAGUACCCACCUGCCGAACAUUUUCCUUCAUCAAACUCCACGUUGACGAGCGGAUCAAUCCCGGAAAAGGAUUUUAGGCCGCUGCUUCGUUUGAUGCUCCUUACUCAGCUGUAUAUUGCAGGGAUUGAUCCAGAUAAUCUGAAAUCCUUUCCAUCGGAGAUUGAAGUAACGACGGAUUGCAUAUUGGCGGCAUUCGUGCACGGCGGGCAGUCAUCAAACGCUGUAUCUUUUAAAGCCUUUGACAGUAUCCUCAGUAGCUCAAUGCAAAACGUAUUUCUGGGUCUACCUCGAGUCCUAGGCCCUUUACAUUCGGCCAAACCCUUUCAAUUCACGACUCCUCCAUCAUCGGUGAUUGGAGCACAAGAAGUGUUGAAAGAACUAUUUGUGCCGUCGGUCAAGACAAAGCCUCCUUCCAAGGGGCUGAUCCUGAAUCUUCCGCUCCUAAGUCAACUUUCAAUGACUCUACCCCAAGACUUCCCGAUUGAAGCACCAGAGACCCUCUACUCUUCUCAGGAAGUAGACGUCAAGGAUGUGAAAUCUUGCUUAUCCGCAACUGAACUAGCAAGAAUUAUCCUGGUUUCUAGAAAGACUGGAGAAGAGGAUGUCAUAUUCGGCGCAUACUUCCCCAAAGAUUCCGCACCUGAGAGUCCCAAUACGUCGAGCGUGAUAUUUCAACUGGCACCGGUCCAUCGAGCGUUCCACCAAGCUGAAAGGCUGUUGCCCUCUAAAGGACCCGAUCCUGAAGACAACCUGCGUUUGACAAUUGCCAUUGGGGAUAUAUCCCUGGAAUUAAGUGGUGAAUCAUCAACAGCAACUCUAAUUGCGAAUUUGGGUGAAGGUAUCAGCCAAGAGCUGUUUGUUGAUGCUGUAGAGGUUCUGAGCUUUCAAGGGGGCAUGGCCAGCGUCGAUACUUUCGAAUAA